GCGGCACCAUCACACGUCGUAUUUCCUUUAUUUGCAAUCUGUAACUAAAACGUGUGUCUGAGCACUAGGUGUUUGUUCUGCUUUUGACAUUGUUCCUUCGCUCCCUGACUUACUGGGGCUAGAACAUGGGCUGAAGCCGAAUGAUGCUCCCCUCUGUCACAGACGCACAUAACCCCCCACUGUGCUUGUGGCUGACGCUGCUGUGGACUCUAAUUACAGUUAAAUGCCCCUUUGAACAUGUUUUUCUCAGCCUAAGUCUGUGGUUUGUGUCGUGUAGUUUAUUUUAACCCCAUCACCCACAGGAGGCUUAUUCCAGGCAGUAGGGAAAGCUGCCCAGGGUGCUUCUGAGGGGGUCUGGCAGUACCUCUUGUAAAAGAGAUGUUUGAAUGCUGGGGAACUAUAACUUUGAAACUGUACCCCAAGGGGAAUCAGACAGUUAAAUCCCAGCCGAUGAAAGGAAAACAAAAGUAUAAUCCUGAAAACCGACUUGUAUAUCUCAGAAUCCUAAUUGUCCAAAGACUUCCAUACUGUUACAACGGGAUCCGGCCUGCUUGGAAGUGAGGGGAUCAGAUCCCUACCUAUGUCUCCAGGCUCUUGGGUGAACUGGAACAACAAUAAUGCAAACAAGGGUUAAAUGAUGAACCGGAAUGGACUGUAACUCCCUGCAAAGGCUAACCUGACUCCCUGGGACAAUCAGGCGUGCACCUAUAGUUUGCGUGAGAUCAGAGCCUCGUAUAGUGUUGCUGCAUUGUGUGUGUGUGUGUGUUAUAGAGAGAGAAACACACACACACCUCUUCCUCCAUUGUCACAUGCAUGUUGUGAUCGUGUUCCCACCCCUAAGACUAGGUCCAGAGGAAAUGUGCGUGGUUGGCACUGGGUGAACUUUAAGGAGGUUUAACCCUGCAGAAGUAUGUUUUGUAACCCUGCAGUCCCUGGGGACAGCCCCGGAGCCGCCUCUUGGUGUGUGCGAUUGGCUCUUAGUUUUGAUUUUUUGCUGCCUCAGAGAAUGUUUGGCAUCUUUAAUAAAUAACCCUUUGCUGUGCACUCCUGAGGAGGAGAAGCAAAGACUUGUGGCCUGCUCUGUGCUGUGAGGAAUAUGCUAGUGGGUCACCGGACGCACAAGCUGUGAUUCCCGUCUGUGUAUAAUGAAGCCAGUGUCACCUUUGCCUUCAGUCUGUUGCUGCCCGGGGCAAAUGGAACAGAGGAGCGGCUCAGAAUAUUUAGUCAAACAGGAGGUCACCCAGGCUCAUGUUGUUGGGACCAGCCAUGCUAGGGGCACAGAUAGGAAAAUGGAAAUCCCACCUCCUCCAACGUCUAAGUGCAUUAUUUACUGGAAAAGGAAAGUCAAGUCUGAAUAUAUGCGUCUUCGGCAACUCAAGAGGUUUCAGGCAAACAUGGGAGCGAAGGCUCUGUUUGUGGCCAAUUUUGCAAAGGUUCAAGAAAAAACUCAAAUUCUGAAUGAAGACUGGAAGCAGCUUCGAGUUCAGCCAGUCCCGCUAAUGAAGCCUGGCACUGGGCACCCUUUCCUGAAACAGUGUACCGUCGAGAGCAAUUUCCCUGGAUUCCCAAACCAGACCAUCUUCAUGAGGUCCCUAAACACAGUAGCGUUGGUGCCUAUUAUGUAUUCCUGGUCCCCUCUUCAGCAGAAUUUCAUGGUGGAGGAUGAGACUGUGCUGUGCAACAUCCCCUACAUGGGAGACGAGGUGAAGGAGGAAGACGAAACCUUCAUCGAAGAGCUAAUUAAUAACUACGACGGGAAAGUUCACGGCGAGGAAGAGAUGAUUACAGGGUCCGUCCUUAUCAGCGACGCUGUGUUCCUGGAGCUUGUUGACGCUCUGAAUCAGUACUCGGAUGAGGAAGAGGAAGGGCUCAAUGACUCCGAGGGUAAACAGGAGGAUGGGAAGGAGGAGCUGCCAGUCACGAGAAAAAGAAAGCGAACCACAAUGGAAGGCAACAAAAAGUGUGCAAAGAAGCAGUUCCCAAAUGACAUGAUCUUCAGUGCUAUUUCUUCAAUGUUUCCUGAGAACGGCUUCCCGGAAGACAUGAAAGAGCGGUACAGGGAACUUACCGAACAGUCGGAUCCGAAUGUGCUGCCCCCCCAGUGCACUCCAAACAUUGAUGGGCCAUGUGCAAAGUCAGUCCAGCGGGAGCAGUCCCUGCACUCUUUCCAUACGCUCUUCUGCAGACGGUGCUUCAAAUAUGACUGUUUUCUGCAUCCUUUCCAUGCGACUCCUAAUGUCUAUAAACGGAAGAACAGAGAGAUCAAGAUCGAGCCAGAUCCCUGUGGGACAGACUGUUUCCUCUGGCUGGAGGGAGCCAAGGAGUUUGCAGUGCUGCACAAUCCCAGGUCCAAAUGCUCAGGUCGGCGGCGCCGUAGGCACCAUGUGGUCAGUGCUUCCAGCUCAAACCCCUCGUCCUCCUCCAUCGCUGAGACGAGAGAGGGAGACAGCGACAGAGACACAGGCAACGACUGGGCCUCGAGUUCCUCAGAGGCCAACUCCCGAAGCCAGACUCCCACCAAGCAGAAGGGCAGCCCUGCCUCCUCCCAGCUCUUUGUGAUGGAAGCGCCGCAGGAACCCGUCGAGUGGACGGGGGCCGAGGAGUCGCUCUUCCGCGUGCUCCACGGCACCUACUUCAACAACUUCUGCUCAAUAGCCAGGCUGCUAGGAACGAAAACCUGCAAGCAGGUCUUCCAGUUUGCGGUGAAAGAAUCCCUGAUAAUGAAACUGCCGACCAGCGAGCUCAUGAAUCCGUCCCAGAAGAAAAAAAGGAAGCACAGGCUGUGGGCUGCACACUGCAGGAAGAUCCAGCUGAAGAAAGAUAAUUCACCUACCCAGGUGUACAACUACCAGCCCUGCGACCACCCCGACCACCCCUGCGACAGCUCCUGCCCCUGCAUCAUGACUCAGAAUUUCUGUGAAAAGUUCUGCCAGUGCAAUCCUGACUGUCAGAACCGCUUCCCGGGCUGCCGCUGUAAGACCCAGUGCAACACCAAGCAGUGUCCGUGCUACCUGGCCGUGCGGGAGUGCGACCCUGACCUGUGCCUGACCUGCGGGGCGUCGGAGCACUGGGAUUGCAAGGUGGUCUCCUGUAAGAACUGCAGCAUCCAGCGGGGCCUCAAAAAGCAUUUGCUGCUGGCUCCAUCAGAUGUCGCUGGCUGGGGGACAUUCAUCAAGGAAUCGGUGCAGAAGAAUGAAUUUAUCUCUGAAUAUUGUGGUGAGCUUAUUUCUCAGGACGAGGCUGACCGGCGGGGGAAGGUCUAUGACAAGUACAUGUCCAGUUUCCUCUUCAACCUCAACAACGAUUUCGUUGUUGAUGCCACCCGCAAAGGAAACAAAAUCCGCUUUGCCAACCACUCGGUGAACCCCAACUGCUAUGCCAAAGUGGUGAUGGUGAAUGGAGACCACCGGAUAGGAAUCUUUGCCAAGAGGGCCAUCCAGGCUGGGGAGGAGCUCUUCUUUGAUUACAGGUACAGCCAGGCCGAUGCCCUGAAGUACGUGGGCAUAGAAAGGGAGACGGAUAUCAUCUAGCCCCCCGCGGGCACGGCCCCUGCUCCUGGCUGCCCCAAUGCCGUGUUCAUUCCAUGCUCCAUCAUUGCUGCCCCUGUUCCCGUUGCUGUGUCCCGAGUGCUGUUCCAGCCAGGCGCUGGGAGCAAAGCCCAGGACAGGAGCAGGAGCCAGACGCUGUCUGGGGUAGCAGGCCCCGGGCUCGGUUCCGGGGCAGGCGGGCGCUGGCACUCCUGGGCUGGGACGGCUCCAGAGACUGAGGCCGUGGGACUGGAAGAAAGAGGCUUGGCCAAGCAAUGCUCAGUCUGUUUGCAAACCUGCGUGAGCGACCAGCUGCAUCUGGAGCCAAGGGACCUUGGAGCGACCCCUCUGCAUGUGGGGAGCGGGUGCUUGAUGUUGUUCUGCUCAUGCCGCAGCCAUUGGAGGGAGCUUUUAUCCCUGGGGCAUCUGUGGCUACCUCUCGAUUUCCUUCCAUGCUGAAGUGCUGGGGCCUAGGCUGCUAGCACAUGGUCCGACCCCACGGAGGGUCAGUCCCACCUCCCUGCAGCGUGGCUCCGGGGCCCCCGGGCGCUCCCGGCCGCCUGAUGAAAGGGGGGAGCCGCCCAGCACAGCGUGUGGAGGGGUCCCCGGGGCAAGGACUUACGCUGGUUACGCGAUACGAUGGUGCCAGGAGGAGCCGAGUGUGUGUCGGUCGUGGGGUUGCCUUAGGAGCCAGAGGAGCUGGUGGGAGGGGGCAGGAAACGCGAGGCCAGCUGGGGCGUGGGAGGCCCCAACUCCCACCAGCCAGGCUCUGCGGAACGCCAGGUGGAUGACGUGUUUCUGCCUCUUGCCCUGGACGGGCCCUUGGAGCCUGGUGCGUCGCGCACCCCCUGCUCUGCAGAACUGGGGCGCCACAGGCCACGCGUGGCUCCAGAUCCCUGCGCCGGGGGCUAGUGGGGGGCAGCCUGGGCCCUUCCCAUGUCAAGCCUUCAGCCCGUAACAGGCGGGCGGCACUGCCAGGACGGCCCCUCGUGGCCACGGGCUCUUCUUGGCCCCUGGUGGUUUCUGUUCUGUCAGCCAGGUGAGUGGUGCCGCUGCUGGCGCGCCACUGACGCAGACGCUUUAACCCGCAUCGCUGCAGGGCUGAGCAGUUGGCACUGCCCCUGGGGCUGGGACUCGGGCUCUCCACUCCCCAUCCUGCCAGAGCCAGGCAGCGCUGCGAACGCUGGGCACUGAACUACCGGGCACUGCUCCACACUGACCAGUGAGUGGGGCUGGGGCCUCUCUGGGGCUGCAGAGUGGGGCUGGAAGUAUGGGUCUCCCCCGGGAGAUCAGAGAGCUGCUGGCCCGCAGAUAGCACAGAGCUUUCUGCUUGCCCAGCGCUGGGCUGGGUGCUCCAGCGUCACACAGUGGAGCCGGCAGGUUCCCCUGGGCCGGGCUGCCCCCACAGUACCCGUUAGGCACUUUACGAGCCCCGCUUGGCUCCCCGCUCCGGCCUGGAGCUUCUGCCAUUGCACAGAACUCUUCUCGGGGUGGCAUUUGGAGCAGCGAGAGCUUUGCCUGCUGUGAAUACGUUGCUGGCGCUGCUGUGGCCGGUGACCGCCAGGCCCCCUCCCAGCAGUGCAGACCGGAGGGGCAGGCUCCCCAGAGGUGGAGAGCAGGACAGGGUCUGCUCUCAGCACCCCAUGCAAAGAAAUCAAGUGAGCACUUUAAACUAAGCCUCCCACCCAGCCAAGGGGCUGGGACCGGGCGGCUCUGGGUUUGAGGACACCGCUGCCAGCGCAAGGUACCAUCCUUCAGUGGGGCAUGUUCCCCCUCCCUCCCUCCCCAAGCCCAGCUGGUGCUGGGGAGGGGGUCAGUUCAGACAGCAGGGUCGUGUCCCGGAACAGGAAUGGAAGCAAGGGCUGGCUUGUGCGGGGGCUGGGGAGACAGGAGGAGAGCCAGGCAUCUGUUCCUGCUGCUGGCAGCCAAGCGGGGCCCAAGGCCCCUCCUGCCCAUGCUGCUUUCCCCCUAGGGCGGCCAGGCCCAUCACCCUCCCUGGGGCUGGCAGGGGUGUGCGCCUGGGCCCCCUUGUCUGACUGAGCGACCCACCCCUCCCCGGCCCCAUACCGCCCACCUAGCUAGUGACUUGCCCCUGCCCGUGGCUGUCUGCGCAGUGAGGCUUUGUGUCUGUGGUCUGCUGCCCGUGAAUGAUAUGCACUUUAAAACUGAUGUGGCUUGUAAUCUUUGUCCUAAUAAAGUGGUAGUGAAUGUCCUCCCCA